UAUAUAUGUAUAUGUAUGUUCAUACCCAUGGAUAUACAUAGCCAUGUGCACCGCCAUUUCUAUUUGUAGCUUUUUUGCUUGGUGUUUUAUAAUACAUAGAUUAGAUACUGUCCAGUAUCUAUGUGUAUCUACCUGUUCAGGAUUUCAAUAAGAUAUUCAUGACUCAGUCAUUGACACAAGUACAAGAGUGUUAACCACAUUGGGAAGACAACCCAUGAGACCUUUUACAAUUAACUGAGUAUAAAACGGAGCUAUUUUCUUCAUUCAUUAUCCUAUCAUUGAGAAUAACUUUACCUCUGGGUAACAAUUUUUGAAUGGGGUCCCUACCCCUAGUACAAACAAUAGUAACACUUUUAUCUUAGUUUUUAUACAUGAUGUAGUAAAGUACAUAUUAAACAUACAUGUACAUGUACAUGUAGCUGUGGUAUGAAUUGUAACUCUAUAUAAUCUGCUAUGUUAUUCUCUACUAGUCAUAUUACAGUAUUUAGUUCCUGAUAGUCAGAGUGUAAUGUUAGAGUCAAUACGAGUACUGGGUAAUCUCACCAGAGAUAAAUCAGUGAGAGAUUUAAUAUCAGAUAUGAGAAUUGAUGAGAUAUUGUUGACGUUAUUAGAUUCAAAGCACGUUGAGCUGGUCUAUGCUGUGUGUGGUGUAUUGGUUAAUGUGACAAUGGAGCCUGGAGGACAAUGUAUACAUGUAUUUAAGAAUAAUAAUGGAGUGAAAAAGUUAUUAGAUGUUUUAAGUCAUUUCAGUAGACAAGACUGGCUAUUAUCAAGUCUAGCAUGUAAAGUACUGUGGAACUAUAGUGAAGGAAUGACUAACAUUAAUGAACAUUAUACUGAAGAGGAAGUGAUUACCUUGUUUCACUUACUGGAGGAAUAUUUAG